AUGGGACGAACACUCGAGGCACUGGCACCUAAGAAAACAGAGAUCACUCGGUCUUGCCACCCUUCCGGUGGAUCAAGCCGAGCUUCAAUUGUUCUUCCUCUCAUUCACUCAUGUCAUAUUUUAGGAAAAGCAUUUCCAGGAGAUGUGGUCCUAGACACAAAAGAUUCCUCCCUCGUGGUUUGUUUCGGAGAGAUGCUAAUUGAUUUUGUCCCAACCACGAAUGGACUUUCACUGGCUGAUGCACCUGCAUUUAAAAAAGCUGCUGGAGGAGCCCCUGCAAAUGUUGCAGUUGGCAUAGCUCGUCUAGGUGGCUCAUCAGCCUUUAUUGGGAAGGUGGGGGAAGAUGAAUUUGGGUACAUGCUUGCUGAUAUAUUAAAGAAGAAUAAUGUCAACAAUGAAGGGAUGCGUUUUGAUCCUGGUGCACGAACUGCUUUAGCAUUUGUUACGUUGAGGAGUGAUGGGGAACGUGAGUUCAUGUUUUAUCGUAAUCCUAGUGCUGAUAUGUUGCUUCAAGAAGCUGAACUUGAUUUAGAUUUAAUAAGGAAGGCAAAAAUCUUGCACUAUGGAUCUAUAAGUCUUAUUACAGAACCAUGCAAGUCCGCCCAUAUUGCAGCAGCAAAAGCUGCAAAGGAAGCUGAUGUUGUUUUAUCAUAUGAUCCCAACCUCAGGCUUCCAUUGUGGCCUUCUGCAAAGAGUGCCAGAGAAGGAAUUUUGAGUAUAUGGGAGACUGCUGAUAUUAUCAAGAUAAGUGAAGAAGAGAUUUCUUUUCUUACAGAAGGAGAAGAUCCUUUUGAUGAAACUGUCGUUCGCAAAUUGUACCAUCCAAAUCUUAAUUUACUACUUGUCACUGAAGGGCCCGAUGGUUGCAGAUACUACACCAAGGAGUUCAGUGGAAGAGUUAAGGGUAUGAAGGUAGACGCCGUGGACACAACAGGUGCGGGGGAUGCAUUUGUAGCUGGAAUACUGUCCCAACUAGCAGUUGAUCUCUCUUUGAUUCAGAACGAGGACAAACUGAGAGAUGCACUUCUGUUUGCUAAUGCUUGUGGUGCUUCGACUGUGACUGGGAGAGGAGCUAUUCCAGCUUUACCAACUAGAGAAGCUGUGCUGGAUGUCAUGCUCAAGUCUGUAGCCUAGGUAUAUAAAUUAGAUGUGCAAACUCCUUUGUUAGCACGGUGACAAAACCACAACCUGAUUUAAAUUCAAACCAGAGUUACCUCUGGUAGAGAAAAUAAACUUCAACUAUAGCAUCAUAGUGAGUUCUUGUUGUUGUAAAAUAAACUUCAACUCGUCUACCAAAUUUUAAUUUGUCAACAGAUAUAUCAUUGAUUGUAUAAGAAUAAGACCAUGUAAAUUAUUUUUCAAUAAAAGUUCAUGCUGAGAGCCUGAGACUAAC